AUGGGUGACGCAGCGAAGCAGAUCACACAGGGUGCCCUAGAGGCGUGCUUCACCGACGCGGAGACGGCUUCUAGAUUAUUUCCCGUCCCAGUGCUGCAAUGCCUUCAGAUCAAGCCCCUCGCCGCUCAGCCGAACGGCGCUGGUACUGGUGGUGAUAGGUACCGUAUCGUUCUAAGCGAUAUCCGCAACUACGUUCAGUGCAUGCUCGCGACGCAGGCGAAUCAUGUUAUUCACGAUGGUCAUUUGGUGCGAGGAUGCAUCGUGCGCAUCAAGUCAUACCAGGCAAACCUUGUCAAGGGGAAGCACAUCUUGAUCAUCCUGGACCUGGAAGUCAUUGACUCCCUUGGCACUCCCGACAAGAUUGGCGAACCGGUUGCUUUCGAGCCCAAGGAUUCUACGAACAACAGCAACACCACAAUCGGCGGCUCAGGAUUCUACGGCGCAAAGCAAGAGGAUGUGAAGCCUCAAAUUCAGAAGCAGGCUCCAGCCAGGGCCAACGGUGCGACAAACGGCAACACUGCCAUCUACCCGAUCGAGGCGCUCUCCCCGUACGCGCACAAAUGGACCAUCAAGGCUCGUGUCUCGAGCAAGUCCGAUAUCAAGACGUGGCACAAGGCGAGUGGUGAGGGCAAGCUAUUCAGCGUCAAUUUGCUCGACGAGAGCGGUGAGAUCAAGGCAACCGGAUUCAAUGAUCAGUGCGAUCAGUUCUAUGAUCUUCUCCAGGAGGGCUCAGUUUACUACAUCUCCAAUCCGGCCAGAGUAUCGCUUGCCAAGAAGCAGUUCUCCAACCUUCCGAAUGACUACGAAAUAACUUUCGAGAAUGGUACCAUCAUUGAGAAGGCUGAGGACCAGGGUAAUGUUCCUCAGGUGCGCUUUAACUUCUGCAACAUCCAGGAGCUACAGGACGUCGAGAAGGAUGCUACGGUUGAUGUCAUUGGUGUUCUCAAAGAUGUCGCAGAGGUCACACAGAUUGUCUCCAAGUCUACGGGCAAGCCGUACGACAAGCGCGAGUUGACGCUCGUCGAUGACAGCGGCUUCUCUGUGCGUGUGACCAUUUGGGGUAAGACCGCAACGGCGUUCGAUGCCAAGCCUGAAUCCGUCGUCGCCUUUAAGGGUGUUCGUGUUGGAGACUUUGGGGGUCGUUCCCUGUCUCUUCUCUCCUCGGGCACGAUGGCUGUCGAUCCAGACAUCGCGGAGGCACAUAAGCUCAAGGGCUGGUAUGAUGCUUCCGGCCGCACCGACAACUUCUCGACACAUAACAACCUGGCAUCCGUAGGUGGUGCCACUGGCCGCCAAGACCAGACGAAGAAUGUCGAGCAAGUUAAGAAUGAAAAUCUCGGCAUGGAGAACGUAGACUACUUUACACUUAAAGCGACAAUCGUCUACAUCAAACAGGACAACUUCGCAUACCCCUCGUGCCGCAGCGAGGGCUGCAGCAAGAAGGUGACGGACAUCGGCAAUGGCUGGCGCUGUGAGAAGUGCGACGUGGUUCAUGAGCGACCGGAGUAUCGCUACAUCAUGUCUGUGAACGUCAACGACCAUACAGGCCAGCUGUGGCUUAGCUGCUUCAAUGAGGUUGGCCAGAUCGUGAUGGGAGGCAAGUCCGCGGAUGAGCUCAUGGCCUUGAAGGAAGAGGAUGAGACAAAAUUGGCCACCGCGUUCGAAGAAGCGAAUUGCAGGAAGCUAAGCUUUAGAUGCAGAGCGAAGAUGGAUACAUUCGGAGAUACUCAGAGAGUCCGUUACCAGGUCAUGAGCGCCACACCUUUGGACUACAAGAGCGAGGCAAACAAGCUGGCAGAGCUGAUCAAGCAGUACAGCCUCAACUAG